AUGAAUGCUUUUGAUUUUAAUCGUGAUGGUCGUUUGGAUGCUUUAGAACAAGCUGAUCAAAGGGAAUUCAACUAUGCUGAUACCAAUCAUGAUGGUGCUUUGACUAGGGCCGAAUUUGGUCGUAUUAAAAAUCCUGCAAAAUUUGACAUGUAUGAUACAGAUCAUGAUGGAUUUGUCACCAGUACUGAAUAUGCACGAGGAGAAUAUCUUACUGAACAUAUAUGUAAACAUUUUCGAUCACAUUCAUUUUAUGGUGAUGAAAAUGAAGUUUUUCUUCUUCCUGCUCGUCAAUUUGAAGUCAUUGGAUGUCUUAAUCAAGGAAAUGGUCUCCAAAUUAUUCAAUUGAGCAAAACAAAACCGACAUCUCCGCUUAUCAUACUUAAUGCAUCGUAA